AUGUAUCGGCGAUAUUUUCGGGUUGACAAAGAUGGGUUCAACACAAUAUUGAGGUUGAUUGCGCCCAAUAUUGAGAAAAGAGACACAAACAUGCGAAAAUCGAUAUGUCCAGCAGAGAGACUUGGUGUUACUCUAAGAUAUUUAGCUACAGGUUAG